AUGGUCACUUGGACUGCCAGCUCCAUCACCCUGAAGGAGACAGCGCCCCAGGGCCAGGACCCUCAAGUCCAAACCUGCUUUGUGCAACGGGACCGGGCGGGCAUCCUGGAGAACAGCAAGAGCAUGCAGGACACCAGAAUCGCCACUGAGGCUGAAAGCCAAGCCCCGCUCCACCUUCGCUGUGUGGGCCAGGGUGUUAAAGUGCUGGCACUGUGCACAGGAAAGACGGUUGGGGUGACCUUUGUGACAGCCCAGCCUGACACGGCCCCUCCCUCCCGUGCAAGGGGCCUGUGCAGCUGGACAGAGGCCAGCGUGGCCGCCCUGGACCCAGUGAGGAACCUGAGAGUGGAGGAUCAGACCAACAGCUCCGUCACCCUGAGCUGGGAGGCCCCCGAGGGUCUCAACCCGAAAUCCACCUACUGGGUUCAGUGGACUCGAGAUACCCCCAACCCAGUGAGAAACCUGACCGUGGAGGCCCAGACCACCAGCUCCAUCACCCUGAGAUGGGAGGUCCCUGAGGGCCCACACCCACAGAACUCCACCUACUGGGUCGAGUGCACCGGAGACGGUGGCAGAACGGAGAAUCGAAACACAACAGACACCAAUGUCACCGUGGAUGGACUUGAACCCGGGUCCUUGUAUACGUUUUCUGUGUGGGUAGAGAAAAAUGGAGUAAAUAGCUCUGAGGAGACUGUCACUAAUGCUACGGCCCCCAAUCCAGUGAGAAACCUGACCGUGGAGGCCCAGACCACCAGCUCCAUCACCCUGAGAUGGGAGGUCCCUGAGGGCCCACACCCACAGAACUCCACCUACUGGGUCGAGUGCACCGGAGACGGUGGCAGAACGGAGAAUCGAAACACAACAGACACCAAUGUCACUGUGGAUGGACUUGAACCCGGGUCCUUGUAUACGUUUUCUGUGUGGGUAGAGAAAUAUGGAGUAAAUAGCUCUGAGGAGACUGUCACUAAUGCUACGGCCCCCAACCCAGUGAGAAACCUGACCGUGGAGGCCCAGACCACCAGCUCCAUCACCCUGAGAUGGGAGGUCCCUGAGGGCCCACACCCACAGAACUCCACCUACUGGGUCGAGUGCACCGGAGACGGUGGCAGAACGGAGAAUCGAAACACAACAGACACCAAUGUCACCGUGGAUGGACUUGAACCCGGGUCCUUGUAUACGUUUUCUGUGUGGGUAGAGAAAAAUGGAGUAAAUAGCUCUGAGGAGACUGUCACUACUGCUACGGCCCCCAACCCCGUGGGAAGCCUGACCGUGGAGGCCCAGACCACCAGCUCCAUCACCCUGAGAUGGGAGGUCCCUGAGGGCCCACACCCACAGAACUCCACCUACUGGGUCGAGUGCACCGGAGACGGUGGCAGAACGGAGAAUCGAAACACAACAGACACCAAUGUCACCGUGGAUGGACUUGAACCCGGGUCCUUGUAUACGUUUUCUGUGUGGGUAGAGAAAAAUGGAGUAAAUAGCUCUGAGGAGACUGUCACUACUGCCACGGCCCCCAAUCCAGUGAGAAACCUGACCGUGGAGGCCCAGACCACCAGCUCCAUCACCCUGAGAUGGGAGGUCCCUGAGGGCCCACACCCACAGAACUCCACCUACUGGGUCGAGUGCACCGGAGACGGUGGCAGAACGGAGAAUCGAAACACAACAGACACCAAUGUCACCGUGGAUGGACUUGAACCCGGGUCCUUGUAUACGUUUUCUGUGUGGGUAGAGAAAUAUGGAGUAAAUAGCUCUGAGGAGACUGUCACUAAUGCUACGGUCCCCAAUGCAGUGAGAAGCCUCAGCAUGCAGGACUGGACCAACAGCUCCAUUGCCUUGCGCUGGACAGCUCCCCAGGGCCCAGGCCAGUCUUCCUACACCUACUGGGUCUCAUGCGUCGGGGAAGGCAUUACUGACCCCAGGACCCAAAGCACCUCAGGUACUGAAAUCACCCUAAAGGAACUGGAAGCCGGCAGCCUGUACAACCUCACCGUCUGGGCCGAGAGGAAUGAGAUCAGCGGCUAUAAAAGCACCCUCAGUGCAGCCACCGCUCCCAGUGAGGUCACGGAUCUCCAGAACAAAAAUCAGACUGACAACUCAGUCACACUAUGGUGGCAGGCCCCCAGAGACCCCCACUCUCAGCUGUACGUAUACAGGGUCCAGUGGGCCAGCGAGGGACAUCCCCAGAGGGAGCAAGAUCCCCAAGCGAAUUGGGCCAACCAGUCCAGCAGGACCAAUGAGACAUGGUACAAGGUGGAGGCCCUGGAACCCGGGACUCUGUACAACUUCACCGUGUGGGCAGAAAGAAACGACAUGGCCAGUUCCACGCAAAGCAUCCGUGUGUCCACAAACCCGGACACAGUCACCAUCACUUCCUGCGUCAGCACCUCAGGGGGCUAUGGAGUCAUCUUGACCUGGUCCUGCCCCCAGGGAGGCUACGAGGCCUUUGAGUUGGAGGUGGGUGGACAGCGAGGCUCCCAGGACAGAGCUUCGUGUGGGAAGGGUGUGUCUGUGUUGGGUCUCGGGCCGGCUCAGUCCUACCCAGCCACCAUCACGACCAUCUGGGACGGAAUGAGGGCCACCUCUGCCUCUGUGACCUGCCACACCGAGAGUGCAGGGGUCAUUGCCGGAGCCAUUGUGGGCAUCCUCCUAUUUCUCAUCCUGGUGGGCCUGCUUAUUUUCUUCCUGAAGAGGAGGAAUAAGAAGAACCAGCAGAAACCAGAACUCAGUGAUCUGGUCUUCAGCUUCCCAGGGGACAUCCUGGCUGAAGACUUUGCUGACCACGUCAAGAAGAAUGAGAAGGACAGCAACUGUGGUUUUGCAGUGGAGUACCAGCAACUGUCCCUGGUGGGCACCAGCCAGUCUCAGAUGGUGGCUUCAACUCCAGAGAACAACGCCAAGAACCGCUACAGAAAUGUGCUGCCCUAUGACUGGUCCCGGGUGCCCCUGAAGCCCAUCCCCGAGGAGCCAGGCUCUGACUACAUCAAUGCCAGCUUCAUGCCCGGUCUCUGGAGCCCCCAGGAGUUCAUAGCAACCCAGGGCCCCCUGCCACAGACAGUGGGCGACUUCUGGCGCCUGGUGUGGGAACAGCAGAGCCACACCCUGGUCAUGCUGACCAACUGCAUGGAGGCCGGCCGGGUGAAGUGCGAGCAUUACUGGCCUCUGGACUCUCAGCCCUGUACCCACGGGCACCUGCAGGUGACCCUGGAGAGUGAGGAAGUGACGGAGAACUGGACGGUCCGGGAACUGCAGCUCCUCCAGGUGAAGGAGCAGAAGAUGCUCUCCGUGCGGCAGUUCCACUACCUAGCCUGGCCGGAUCACGGCGUUCCCUCCUCCCCAGACACGUUGCUGGCUUUCUGGAGGAUGCUCCGGCAGUGGCUGGACCAGACCAUGGACGGAGGCCCACCCAUUGUGCACUGCAGUGCUGGUGUGGGCCGAACAGGCACCCUCAUUGCCCUGGAUGUCCUGCUUCGGCAGCUGGAGUGCGAGGGUCUCCUUGGGCCCUUCAGCUUCGUGAAGAAGAUGAGAGAGAGCCGGCCGUUGAUGGUGCAGACGGAGGCCCAGUACGUAUUCCUGCACCAGUGCAUCCUGCAGUUCCUCCAACAGUCAGCCCAGGCCCCAGCUGAGAAGGAGGCCAUAUAUGAGAAUGUUGAAAACCUUAUUUACGAAAAUGCAGCUGCCAUCCUGGCCCACCAGUUGGAGGUCUAAGUGAUGAGAGGGCUGAGCUGGCAGCCCAGGCAUCCUCAAGCUCUGGACGCCCUCUUGAACCCAGAUUCCUGGAAGAGCAGAGGGCUAGGCUGCCAGACUCCUGGAUGCUGUGGGAGGAGGGGGCUCGGAGCCCAAACUCCAGUUUCCCCAGGAGAGAGUGAUCUGGUGGACCUCAGCAUAUGACUUUAUGGGACCAGGGGAUCUGGAUUCCUGGUGCCUUGAAGGAGGAGAGGGGUGGGUGCUUGGAAUUCCUAGGUCUUUGAGGGAGGAGGAAGCUGGGAAUCUGGGAUGCAGGAAGAAACAGGCUGGGGCCUGGAUUCUGAGGCAGGAAGGAAUUCAGGUCUGGAAU